AUGACGACGCGUCCGCUGUCGGCUGACCUGCUGGCGAUGCAGCUGGCGACGGUGGACGUGCUCGGGUCCAUGUUCUGCCUCCCGGGCGAGCUGACCAUGUCGCCCGCGGACACGGCCGCCGUCGAACGCGUCCGAUCCUUCGUCGAAUCUUCAUCCUCCGACGUGCCCUCGAAUCUGCCUCCCUCCUUCACCCUCUCCAUCCAUCUCACCUUCGAAUGCGAGCUCGACAUCGCCAAGCCAUCCCCUUCAGUUCAAAAUCGCUCCAAAUCGCCAGCUCAAAAUCGCGAUCUGGCCCUCGAGCUCGUCGUGGUGCUGCCAUUGACCACCACCGCCGACGCCGCGGCUGACAACGACGGCUACGCCGAUGCGCCGCCGCCCAUCAUCUCGAUGCAAUGCCCGUCGUGGAUGGACCGCGCCGCACACGCCACCAUCGUCGCGUCGCUGCCCUCGGGCGAGCCCGACUGCGUGCUGCCCGCCAUCGACUACCUGCGCGACGUGGUCCCGGCCUACAUCGAGGACACCGUCAAGCCGGCGGCGGCCGCAGCGGCCGCAGCAGCCGCGGCCACGGCCACGAGCCGGCGGCGGCGGGUCAUCGAUGACGACGAGUGCGAGGAGGGCCUGAUUCGCGUGUGGUUCUACUUUCCCUCGCUCUCCACGCGUGAGAAGCGGGCCGACAUGGUCAACUGGGCGCCCGGCUACAAGCUCACCGGCUUUGUCCUCGCUGGCAAGCCGGGCGUGUUGUGUCUCGAGGGGACGUCGUCCAACAUCGACUCGUACAUGACCGCCAUCAAGACGCAGAGCUGGGCUGACAUCCCGUCGUUCCAGAAGAAGGUGUCCGAGAAGUGGCGGGAGACGAGCGAGGUCAGGCGUGCGUUCGACGACAUGACCGAAAUAACGGGGGCCGUGGCCAUGCACGGCGCCCGCGGCAAUCGCGGGGAGAUGGGCGAAGUGGAGCGCAUGCUCGAGGAGAAGGGACUCGGCCACGCCUUUGCCAGGGUCCUGCUGUAA